CACGCCCAAAAAAAUAUCUCCCCAUUUUCGAUAACGAUAGCUCCAAUUAACAAUUGCCACGUAGAAAGCUAAGGAUCUGCUCUUGCAAGCGAACAUAUUCGCUCUGUGUAGAUAGAAGAGUCGGUUAAAGAUAAUCUCCGGGCAGAUCACAGUGACCGUGACAGAUGUCGGAGGCGAAGAAGCGAAAACAGGGAGAGUUAAAUGACAAAGUCCCAGACGCACAAGAGGAUAACGGAGGGCAAACUGCAGAAGCCACGAAUGCGGAGGUUGAUGAGUUCUUUGCGAUCCUCGAGAGGAUACACGUGGCAGUCAAGUACUUUAAAGGGGCAAAUGAGGAUCGCCGUAAGCUCGCGGAGGUAAGAUCGCUGGAGAGUGCGUUGGAAGUUGAAGGUAGCGGCAUGAAAGUUAGCGACAUUAAGAAGGAGGGGGAGGGUGUAGAGGAGAACGUGGGCUUCGAUUUGAAUGCGGAUCCCGAACCAGAGGAAGAUCCGGCUUAGAUGGGUCUUCUUUGGGUUCGGUUUUUAGCUGCUCUACUAUUAUUCUUAAUAAUAAUUAUUAUUAUUCUAGUUCUAUGAUUUCUUUUUCUUUUGUUGCAUCCAAUGUUUAAAGAAAUGCAUAAUUAUCUGAUACUUGUUACUGAUUUGUCGCCUGUGUUAUUGUUUAAUGGGCGAUUAUCCAAUUAACAAAGUGUGUAUUGAAGAGGAUAGCUUCGUGUGAUUAUUAUCAAUGUUAACCUGUUCUUUUGCUGUA